AUGAAAAUCGAUAAGCGCGCUGACGAUGUCAACGACGACGUCUGUUACGGGUACAUGCGUUUGACACACACAUUGGCAGUAUGCUGUGGAUUACCCAUCACUCGCAGGCGAACCGACGGUGUCGGCGAACACUACGAUGGAGACUCGGACGAAGUACGAGCUACCAACGGUAUUACCAUAUCGUUACGGCUGGACAUAUCGUUACAAAAAACUGUCCAACGUCGACGUCGAUUAGAAAACAAAGUGACCAUAGUAAAAACUAUAAAUAAUUUAUUGUCUCCUCGGUUUUUCGAGCCCACAGGACACAAGUACGCGUUCGACUGGCGCGUCGUGCACGUGUGGCUGGCGUACGCGACCCUGGACGCGUUUAUCAUAUACUACAACUACCUGGAAGCUUCCGGUUACGUCGGCGCGUCGUUCCGGAAGUGUUUCGAGGAGUCGUACUGCUUCGCGGUCAUCGAGCUGGCCAACCGGAACCUGGGCCCGUUCUCGACGUUGGCGUGCGCCAUGUUCUACGGGCGCCGGCACAAGGCGGCCGCGCUCGCCGGCACGGAGCGCGUGCUGGCGUUCAUCCGGGAAACGGACCGGGACGCGGCCGCGCUGCUGUCGCCGGCCGCCAAGUACUACUCGGCCGCGAUGAUCGUCGCGUACUCGGCGCUCAUAUGGAUGUACACGGCGGCCGUACCGGUGACCGUCAUAUUUUUGUACAGCGCCAACGCGCUGAGCCAGAUAGCCGUCUACAGCCUGGCCACGUUCCAGUACUACGUGCUGGGCCACGGUUACGCGCGCAUCGGCCAGCUGCUCGAGUCGGACGCGGCGGGCCGGGACGCGCGCCGGUCGCUGGCCGCGCGCGUGGCCCGCCUGGCCCGGGUGUCCGACGAGUUUGGCCGGCAGGCGGGCCACCUGAAUCGGGCGUACUCGGCGGCCCUGUUGCUCAAGUGGCCGUACACCGUCGUCCGCAUCACCAUGGUCGUUUUCCGCAUCAUCGAGCUGUGGGCCGCCGCGCAGAGCAGCCUCCCGUUCGCCCGCGUGGCCGCCGUACUCGUCGUCGAGCACGUGGGCGAGAUAUUCCUGUUCCUGGUCCAACUGUCGUAUUUCUGUUACGCGGGCGCCCGUCUGUCCAGUCAGGCACGUGCGUUUUUGUUCGUAGACCUUAUACUCGGUGUUCGCGCAAGUUGGCUAACAGGACUGCAGCGAGCUUACAAAAAUUUAAACUUCAACAUAGAUCUCACAUGGACUUGGAUCUUAAAAAAAACGAUUAACAUUUUUUGGAUACAAUUAAAUGCUAGGAAAAUAAAUUCAACAAUUGGAGGAUUUUUUAUUGUUAAUAUGGACCUAAUGAAAGCUAUAUGCGGUGUCAUUGCAACAUAUUUCCUAGUACUAAUUCAAUUCAAAAGUCAAAAAGGAAAAUCCAAACCUUUGUAUCACAUUUGGAAUUAG